CCGCGUCUAUGUUUUUUUACUUUUACCUUACCAGCAAGAUGGCCGCCUAGUUCGAGUGUUGUUAAAACUUGGAUGUUUUGGUUGCCAGAAGACUUUUUCUGUUGUUAGACGGCACUUCAUUUGCAUGGUUUGAUAGAAAUUUGCUUCCAAGUGAUACAAAAUGAAGUCGGACGUGGAGGAGUUAAUGCCGAGGCUGCUGCCCAUUGAGUUUGGAGACAGUUCAACAGACGUGGACCUGAAAGCACCGCCGAGAAACCCCCAGGAAUAUCUCCGACAAGUGCAGCUGGAGGCAUCAUUGUGUCCAGAAGUGGUGGUUGCUCAGAUUGACCCCAAGAAGCUAAAGAAGAAACAAACAGUUAAUGCAUCUGUGGCGGGGUGCCACGCUGCUCCGGUGGGUUUCUCUCCCAGUCUCAGCUGGCAACAGCAGCAAGUCGGCCACUUCUCAGAUGUCAGACAGAGUAUCGCAAAGAACAGGAGACACUGGAGCAGCCAGAAUCUGGAUGACAAUGUGCUGAUGCCAAAGCUAACAGAUGAGGAGGGAUGGAAGAGAUUUUGUUUAGGAGAGAAGGUUUAUUUGGGCACUUCAUCCUGCCACACAGAUGCAGAACCAGAACCAGCACUGGACUACAGCAAGGUGGGCUUCCCUCCCUUCCUAAGCAUCGUCAGCAGACUCAACCAGUCUACAGUAUUGAUGGUGCUGGAUAUUCUUAUCAGUUGGUUUGAAGAACAAGACUUUGUUCCACAGUUGGGUCGCUGGUUAUAUGCAUUGUUAGCCUGCCUGGAGAAGCCUCUGCUGCCUGAAGCCCACUCCUCCAUCAGACAGCUGGCCAGGAGAUGUGCCCAGCUCCGCAGCACACUGGAGAGUCAGGAGGAUGAGAAAUUGCCUGCCCUGAACCUGAUUAUCUGUCUUGUUGCCAGAUACUUUGAGCAGAACGACCUGGCAGACCAGCCGGUGUGAACACUGUUCUAUUUAGUGACUGAUAUCAACAUGACAUUAAGGAGGAAUAUGCUGGAGGCCCUUGAUGCAACAUUCAGACAGCAGGCUCUACAGUCAAGCAACAAGAUCUAUCAAUGAAGUUUAUGGACAAUUAUGGAGACCCUUUACCAACCGAGUAAAAUCAGUAAACAGAAAUAAAACAUUUCCAAGGUCUCAGCAGUGCAAACAAUGAUGUGGGUCCUGCAGUUUUGGAUUAAAGUUGUGGACCGAAACCAAAGGGACUGAAUGAUGAACACACAACUUGUAUUAUUUGUAGUGAAUUCACUUACUUGAACUGAUCCCUGCUGAUAAACAUGGACGGCUGUCAGAGUUGUAGCACAUCCAAAAGCCUGUUACUAUGAAGUUUUUCUUCCUGUAAUUCAGUUCUGGGGUUAAAUCAAAUGCAGGAUUUGUCUAUUAAACUAUUGUGAUUUGUAAGA